UGGAAACUAUGUUAUGUUCUUCACGCUCUUCAAAACAGCACCAAAUUUGAACACUUGCCUGAUGGAUCUAUAUGUUGAAAAGAUGCGGUUUAAGGCAGUGAGCUACAUAUCUCGAUCUUAUCGGCCUACGUUACCUGUUUCUUAUAUUGCUCAGGUUCUGGGCUUCUCUAGUGUUUCUUCUGACAAUGAUGAAAAAGAUUCAGAUGGAUUAGAGGAAUGUAUUGAGUGGUUGAAGGCAUAUGGCGCAUGUCUUAUUGCAGAUAACAAUGGAGAGAUGCAGCUUGAUGCCAAGGAUGAUUAA